UGCCAUAAAGUGAGCAUGCUAUCAGCAAAUGCCAUCACGGCAUUAAGCUUAACCACUAGCCUCUCUGGUGAUAAAAUAACAACACCCAUGACUUGACUUUAUAGCUUACACCUUAAUCAUUUUUGUGACACAGAGGAGUAACAAUGUGCUAUUGAUGAUGUAAUUGUCAGAAAUAUGUUUUGAACACUCUCUUUGUCAAACUUGAACAAAGCUGCUUUAUCUGCAGGCUUCUGUCUCCCAAGCUCUUCUCCACGUUUUCUUGCGUAAUCUAAUAUGCAUAGUACAUCAUGCAUUUUUCUAAAAGGAACAAAAAUAUUCAGAGAUAGUUAUGGCUUAACAUAUCUUUUCAUUCCUUCUUUCAGAAUUGAGCAGCUGGCUAAGGAUCUUAUUGAAGAUGUAGGCUGUGACCUUAUGAUCCUGUGUAUGCUUAAAGGAGGUUACAAGUUUUGUGCGGAUCUUAAAGAGCACCUUAAGAACAAAAGUUCAGAUAGAUAUGUCUCUACAAAGGUUGAUUUCAUCAGACUAAAAAGUUACAGGAACAACCAGCUCAUGGGCGAGAUGCAGAUGACUGGAGGCUAUGAUCUUUCAACAUUGGCAGGAAAGAAUGUCCUCAUUGUUGAGGGUGUUGUUGGAACGGGGAGGACUAUGAAAGCGCUGCUCAGCAGCAUAGAAAAACAAGCCCCACGAGAUUUGUUGGUGAAGAGGACACCUAGAAGUGAUGGCUUUAGACUUGACUAUGCUAGAUUUGAGAUUCCAAAUUUAUUUGUGGUGGGUUAUGCCUUAGAUUACAAUGAAUACUUCAGAGAUUUUAAUCAUAUAUGUGUGAUCAAUGAACAUGGCAAAGAAAAGUAUGGUGUCUAAAGAAGUAACUUCUCUCCAGAUAACAUCAGACUUACAGCUACAUCCAGGAAGCCACCAUGGGAAGUUUGUCUCCCCAGGCAUCUUCACUCAGCAGGGUAGAAAAAAAAAUGUUUCAAUGACAGAGCUUUCUUUUCUGAGAUUAUAACAUAAAGAGUAUCAAAAGUUCUUAAGGAAAAGAAAGCAAUGUUUUUAUUUGACUUGUUCCAAAUCAAACACUCUGCCUUAUGACUCACAUGGGUUCUACCUUCACACUCCUGAGCUACAUCUUCUUUUGUUUUCAUUCAUGUAGUCAUUGUGCGCCAAUACUUCACCACUACCUAGUUACUCAAAUAUUUCUUACUUGACUUUUUAAAAAAUAUACUCUAUUUCUUUGUAA